AUGAUCGAAUACGUAUCAAGCUGGUUCACUCCCACUGUUCUCUUCUGCGUUCUGAACCUCGUCAUAGGAACCAUACUCUUAUCUUCCACCUUAAAGCCUCAGAAGAAGCAGCAGCACCAACUCGGUGACGACAACUCAGUGCCACAACUCGCCCCAGUCCCCUCUCUAUUCCAACGAGUCAGGUCCUUCAACUACUCGCUCCAGCAAGAGCACCACACGCCCUCACUCUACCGUGCACCUUCUCUGCUCCAACGCCUCGGUGCCGUCAACUUCUCGUUCUCUCGCUCGGACGAUUUUCCGGCGAGUACCCACCACGCAGAUCCACCGGAAGACGACACCCAGACAACCCGAGCACCGUCUCUUCUGGAACGUGUCAGGUCCAUUAACUUGUCGUUUUCCCGGUCCCGACAACCCGACCCGUCCCCGUCUACGACCCAUCUCGCGGAAUCACCGGAAGCGCAGACCCAGAAGGUUGAGGUAGAGAGAGAUUCGGAGACCGUGAUGAGUCACGACAGGAGAACCAAGUCAGCCACGUGCGCCGAGAUUCCGGCGAAGAAGAAGAAGAAAAUGGAGAAGUCGGCGAGCGAGAAGAUGGAGGCGGAGGAGACGGAAGAGGAAGUGGAUCGGCGGCGGCCGGCGACAGUAAGAGAGAAGAAGACGACGUUCGAGGAAGAAGAAGACGAUGAGGCGGUGGACGAGAAAGCCGACGACUUCAUUAACAGGUUUAAGCAGCAGCUAAAGUUACAGAGGCUUGACUCCCUCCUCCGGUACAAGGAAACCCUGCACAGGAGAAUGGGAAACUAG